CUCUGGGUGUGCGGAACACGCCAAGGCAGCACCUGAGCACCCCGAGAGCUCAGCACAGCUCUGAACUGAUGAGAAGGAGGAGGAGGAGGGUCUACUGAAUGUCAGUGACAUCAGGGUGCCUGUGAUCUCCUCACAAGGGUGCAGGAAGUAUAAAAGCAGAGUUCCCCGAGGAGGGUCCCUGGCAGGAGCUGGGGAAGCGGCGCUGGAGCGGGUGAUGCUCUUGCUACCUCUGUGACUGGAUCCUGCUGGAACCACACCAUGGAUGGGGGCAAGCAGCUAAAGGUCACCCUUGUUUUCAGCCUGCCGCUUGUUUUUCAGAUCUGUGCUGGGGACAAUGUCACUGAUGACUACGACUCCAACACCACCAUUGACUACAGCAUGUUCGAGUCCCUGUGUGAGAAGAAGGAGGUCCGUAACUUCCGUGCUGCCUUCCUCCCAGCCAUGUACGGCCUCAUCUGCAUCAUGGGACUGCUGGGGAACGGGCUGGUGAUGCUCACCUACAUCUACUUCAAGAGGCUGAAGACCAUGACAGACAUCUACUUGCUGAACCUGGCUCUGGCAGACAUCCUCUUCCUGCUGACCCUCCCCUUCUGGGCCACAAGUGCGGCCACGCACUGGCUUUUUGGGAGCUUUGCCUGCAAAGCCGUCUACUGCAUCUGCAAAAUGAGUUUCUUCAGCGGGAUGUUGCUCCUCCUGUCCAUCAGCAUUGACAGGUACUUCGCCAUCGUCCAGGCUGCCUCGGCCCACCGCCUGCGUCCCCGGAUGAUAUUCAUCAGCAAGGUGACAUGUGUCUUCAUCUGGCUCCUGGCCUUCAUCCUCUCGAUCCCUGAGCUGGUUCACAGUGGUGUGAACAACUCAGAGAGCAAUCCCCGUUGUUCCAUCAUUGCUCAUGACUUGCAGACCUUCAACACUGGCAUCAAAGUGUCCCAAAUGGUGUUUGGCUUCUUAAUUCCCCUCCUGGUCAUGUCUUUCUGCUACCUCAUUAUCAUCAAAACGUUACUCCAGGCCCGCAACUUUGAGAAGAACAAAGCCAUCAAGGUCAUCAUCGCUGUAGUCAUCGUCUUCGUCGUCUUCCAGCUGCCCUACAACGGCGUCAUGCUGGCCAAGACCAUCUCAGCCUUCAACCAGACCAGCUCGUGUGAGGAGAGCAAGACGCUGGAUGUGGCAGAUGACGUGACCUACACCCUGGCCUGCUUCCGAUGCUGCCUCAACCCGUUCCUCUAUGCCUUCAUCGGCGUCAAAUUCCGCACCGACCUCUUCAAGCUGCUGAAAGAGCUGGGCUGCCUGAGCCAGGAGCGCCUCUGGCAGCUCACCACCUGCCGCGACAACAAGAGGUCCUCCUUCGCCAUGGAGACAGAGACAACCACCACCUUCUCCCCAUGAGCCGAGCUCCAGGCAUGCUUUGGCUGAGCUGAAAUGGUUUUGAACAUUUUCUCUAGGGUGAACUCCUGGCAGAGCAAGACCUGCCACACUGCAGAGAAGGCGAGGGGAAAAUCCAGCAGCCUCCCCGUAUUUCAAGCAGCGAGGACUGCUGGCCAAUAUCCCAUGAGUGGAGAGACUUUACAAUAGAAUUGUCACUAACAGCAAAGCAAGGGAGAGGUGGUGAGUCUACAAUUUCUCCUGUCAUUUCACCUUUAGCUUACUCUUUCCCUGUCAAAAUGAGAAAUGCUCAAAAUAGAACAUUUACCCUAAAAGUGACAAGUACAAGAGAAAACAGACGUUGGUGCAGCAGAACUGUCAUUUGGAGCUGAGCUUCCAGGAGCAUCACCUUUGCUUUGGAUGUUGCUUUUAACAAGACAACCCGUUGCUCUACAGCCCCACAGAAAUGCCCUUGCACUAAGUCAGUCCAAGGCAAACCCACAGCCUCGGGCUCGAUGCAACACACAACCCCAGCUGUGGAGCUUCGGAGCACACGGCUGCUCCGCCUUCCCCACAGGAAGUGAGAGAUGACCACAGCUAAUGCAAAAUCCACACAAACUCCAGCCAUAAUUUCAAUUACUUCAUAUAAGACUGUAGCCACUCAUAGCUCUGUCAGGAAAAGUACAAAUUCCACUUUACUCCUGCCUGUUUCUGAGCUAUCACCUGCUGACCUCAAGAUAAAUAUGAACGUGAGUUUUCUCCUCCCUUCCCAGUCCUUCUAGCAGGACUUCAGCUGCCUUUGAAGUCAGAUCUGUAUUUCACUCAUAAGCUACUGGGGCGUGUUUUGCAUCGGCGCUGUCGGCGCUAACAAAGACUGCUCACUGAGGUUUGAUCUGAACACAAAGGACAAUCCCAUCCCACCACUGCCAGGGCCAUGGCAGCUGAACAGCAGAUUAUUGUCACGGAAAGUCAGACCUUGGAGGAGCCCAGACUGUAAUUCCAGUUGGCGCUUUUACAGGAAGAGCGAAGAUUCCUGACGACAGAUGAACACUCUGGGAACCACUGUUGUGGGACAGCUGAACGUCAGCUGGGAGGAGCUGCUGCAGAGUCUGGGCAGCUGUCCCUGUCCUUGUCCUGUGUGCUCUCAUCCCACAGCACCCAGCUCUCCCAGAGCCAUCACCAGUGGAGAGAGGUCUCAGCCUGGAGCUGCUCCCGGGGCUGACAGGGAAGACAUGUCCAUGUUCCCCUGAACACACAGAGCCAUGAGCAGCAAAACACUCACUAAACAGACAUUUAUCCUUUUUUUCAACACAUGGAUCCAUCAGGAGUGACACAGAGAACUCUCUGGUUCAUAGGUUGUAAAGCAUUGCUUUAGAGAACUGAGGACUAAAAUCAGCUUUCCAAGACAGAAUUCACUGGCUGGGUCUGAGACAGCACUGCCAGUUAUUUUCCUGGCUGCCACCAGAUCUAAAUAAAUUCUCCAUAAACCAUU